GAGAACAACGUGUGGAGGCACCCUACCGCUUCGCACCAAAACACACCGACACUCCUGACCAACGUGAACGGGCAGUAGAGCCCACAGUCCGGCCUGACACAGCGGAGACACCGGGACCUGCUGCCGCCAUGGGCCCGCCUCGCUCGAAGAAGCGGCGGCCGACCUUUCGCCGUCUGCUGAAGACGAGCGGCGUGAAGCUGGAGAACAAGCUGAAGAACCGACAGCUGAAGCAGCAGAACGUCGCCAAGAAGCAGCGCAAGGAGCAGAAGAGGCUGAGGCAGGCAGUGAAGGGCGCUGCCGGCGCCGUGCCCCGCCCCCUCGAGACGUACAGGAAGAGACCCGAGGAGGAGGAGGACGAGGAAGAGUUUCUGGAGAGCCUGCCCACAGACAUGUUGGAGGAGGACAACCUGCAGCAGAUGACCGUCAUGGCUCGCCAGGCCUCCUUCAUCACCAGAGACCUGUCGUCAUGCGGGCCGGUGCACGGUGGAAAGAAACGGAAAUCAGACGUAGUUCGCAGCUACGAGAAAGUUCCCAGGAAAAUGGCGAGGACGGAGGAGAAGGAAGUGAUCCACCUGCUGCCGAUCAAAGACAAGACCGGAGUGAUCCCACAGAGCAUAGAGAGGGUUGUUGAAAAGCAGCAAGAGGAGGAGGAGGAGGAAGAGGAAGAUGCUGCGGUCGAGCUUGACAGCGUCGAAAAAGAGGCGGAGCUGGCGAGCUGUGUGGAGAUGACGCCGGCACAGAGAGAGCGGCUCAGGGAUCAAAAGCUAAAUGAAAGGAAGCUGACCAUCGCCAGCCUGGCGUCAGCCAUCGUGUCAGACCCCUUCAGUAGUAUAAAGCGCGUGAAGGAGCUGCGGGCGAUGCUGAUGGAGGCCGACCCCAGUGUGGCGGUGACAGUCAGGAAGCUGGCGAUGAUUUCUUUGAUGGAGGUCUUCAAAGACAUCGCCCCCACCUACAGAAUCCGACCUCUGACCUCAGCAGAAAAGGCCACCAAGGUGAAGAAGGAGACGCAGGUGCUCAGAGAGUUCGAGGAAGGUUUGGUGAGUCAGUACAAGUUCUACCUGGAGGACCUGGAGCAGACUAUCAAAGACUGGAAGCAGAAGAAGAAGAAGCGCAGUCAGGCGGUGGCGUUCCAGUCGUACGGCGGCCUGGCCGAGGUCGCCGUUCGCUGCCUGUGUGAGCUGCUGGUCGCUCUGCCUCACUUCAACUUCCACAACAACAUCAUCGUCAUCCUCGUGCCGCUGAUGAACGACCCCGUCAAGAAGGUGUCAGUUAUGUGCUGUGACGCAUUAGGGAAGCUCUUCCAGCAGGACAAAGAGGGUGGGGCCUCGCUGGCUACGGUGCGAGUCAUCUCCGGCCUCGUGAAGAGCCUGAACUACAAUGUGCGGCCCGAGCUGCUGCGGACGCUGCUGAGUCUGAGGAUUAAAGAAGUGGAAGUGAAGAAGGACAUUGAGGCCAUGGCACCAAAACAGAAAUUCAUGACCAACAAGGAGAAGAAGAAGAACCUGUCGAGGAUGCAGAGGAAGUGGAAGAAGGCCGAGGAGAAGCUAGAGAAGGAGCUGCUGGAGACCGAAGCCUCAGAGAGCAAAGACAAGAAGAUCAAGCUGCACACUGAGAUGCUGAAUAUCGUCUUCCUCAUUUACUUCAGGAUUUUGAAGAAGGCUCAGAAAUCGGUUCUUCUUCCUGCAGUUCUGGAGGGGCUGGCCAAUUUUGCUCACCUCAUCAACCUGGAGUUCUUUGAUGACCUUCUCAACGUGCUUCAAGGCCUCAUCCAAUCAGGAGAUUUGUCCACCAAGGAGACUCUCCACUGCAUCCAGACCGUCUUUACCAUCCUGUCAGGACAAGGUGAUGUCCUAAACAUCGACCCGCUCAACUUUUACUCUCAGUUCUACAAACUGCUACUGAGGCUUCACGCAGGGGCGUCCAGUGAUGACACCGUCAUUGUUCUGCGGUGUCUGGAUGCAAUGCUGACCCGCCGCAGGAAGCAGGUGACCCUGCAGAGAGCAAUGGCAUUUGUCAAAAGACUGAGCACGAUCAGUCUGCACAUGAUGCCCAACGCCAGCGUGGGAAUUCUCGCCGCCAACCGAGCCACCAUGCAUGCCUUCUCUAAGUGCGACUUCCUGCUGGACAACGAGAUUCAGGGCAGUGGAUUCUACCUGCCAGAGCUGGAUGAACCUGAAUACUGCAAUGCUCAAAACACCGCACUGUGGGAGCUACACACUCUGCAGAGACAUUACCACCCGGUGGUGCGGCGCUUUGCAGUCCACCUGAGUCAGGGCGCACCCUCUGAAGGCUCAUCAGCACUCAGUGUGGAGUUGAGUCGCAGGUCACCUGUGGAGCUGUUUGAUGACUACAGCAUCAAACAAAUGACCUUUAACCCCCCUGUAGCAUCACCCAGCUCCAAGAAGAAGGAUCAUUUUGCGGUUGGAGCAGCGCUGCUGGACGCCGAGUUGCAGAGGCAAAUCGAGAGCGCCCUGACCGCUGCCGAGGAUGCAAAGCUGGACUUUACUGCAGCACACACACAACCACCCAGCGCUGGCACACACACACACACAAAAUAAAAUAAAUAAUUUAUGGGCCAUGAGGAGAGGAAGUGCAGCUGCAGCCCGCAGCGUCUUCAGAGGAGUCGUCGAAUUCUCUUCAUCAUGUUGAUGUGAAAGAGUCGUGUUGUAGGGCGACGUUUGGGGUGUAACACCAGCACCCUGAACAGAGUCACCGGUUUGAUUCCCAGGGCCUCUCUGUUUCUUUGUCAGAUAUUAAAAAUAAAUGCCAGAAACUCUUAUUUUUAACUUUUCAGCUGAAUGUUAAUUUUUUAAAAGUAUCCUUUCAGUUUUUCAUGUGUUUCAUUGUCACCUUUGACAUUCAGCAAAAUAAACCUGAAAGCA